AUGCCUGCUUUAGGCGGGAAGACAGCAUCAAAUGUUUUCUUUCUCCGCGUCAAGAUACAUAAACUAACCAUCGCGACCACGGUUUCACCCACUAUCAGCAUCGGCGCGCUCAAAAGCGAGAUUCUCAGUGCAUUGACCUCAGUGGCACUCGGCUCAAACCAAGAUGAUGAAGAAAUGCCAACAAGUUUGGACAUCCCCUCCGUCACCGACACCUCUGAAUUCGAGCUCUGUACGGCGGAGAAGGAGACUGGAAAGCUUACAGGGGUAUUUCCUGUGCUGCGAAACUCAAAACAAAGCAUUAGAGAUGCAGGAAUCGUGAAUUGGGAUGUGCUAUUUGUACGGUUUAAAGAUGUGGCAUCCGGCGCUCUGGAGCCCGUCGUCUUCGUACCCAUCGAAGACGAUGAAGAGCAAAUCACUCCACAGUUUGCCGAAGCGAUCUCGGUCCAAGGCAAACGGAAAGCGCGGCCAGACUAA